GAGCAGAGCUGAAUGGAGGCAGCCUCUUCCUGGUGGAUAAACAGUGACAGCUACAGGGCAGCCACCUAGACCCAGCACACAGGCUCUGCGCUGCCCUGGCAAACAACACCAAAAUGGCUUCAGACAGUACACACAUCGCGCAGUUGACUUCUGAACUGUACUUCCUAAUAGCCCGAUUUCUAGAAGCUGGACCGUGUCAAAAAGCAGCCGAGACCCUGAUAAGGGAGGUGGAGGAGAAGGAGCUUCUACCCAUAAGGCUGGACUGGACAGGGCAGGAACACCCCGGGACGUACGAAAAUUUGGUGAAGCUUUACCGGCACAUCAGUGCAGACCACCUGCUGCAGGUCUGCUCCAGAGUUUGUCCGCUGCUGGAGAAGGAGGUCCCUGCCAGCGUGCCUGGACUCAGCAGCUUGCUGGGGGCCGGCCGGCAGAAUCUCCUGCGGACCACAAAGAGUUGCAAGCAUGUUGUGUGGAAGGGCUCAGCACUGGCUGCGCUGCACUGCGGGCGACCACCGGAGCCGCCUAUUAUCUACGGGAGCCCACCUAAUAUUGUCGAGACGGGCUUCGGCCGCCGGCUGAAUGGCUCCUACCGGCUGCGUCAGCUGGUACCCACUGCUGUAUAUCAGCACAUGAAGAUGCACAAGAGGAUCCUGGGACAUCUGUCGUCCGUGUACUGUGUCACCUUUGACAGGACGGGGCGACGCAUCUUCACGGGCUCAGACGACUGCCUCGUGAAGAUCUGGGGUACAGAUGACGGCCGUCUUCUUGCCACCCUGCGCGGCCACGCUGCUGAGAUAUCAGACAUGGCUGUUAGCUACGAGAACACCAUGAUCGCUGCUGGAUCCUGUGACAAAACUAUCCGAGUGUGGUGCUUACAGACGUGCGCCCCUUUGGCCGUCCUGGAGGGCCAUGCAGCCUCUAUCACCUCCCUGCAGUUUUCUCCCCUCUGUAGCGGCUCCAAGCGCUACCUGUCCUCCACCGGAGCUGACGGCACCAUCUGUUUCUGGCAGUGGGACGCGCGCACGCUCAAGUUUGGUCAGAGGCCCAGUAAGUUCACAGAGCGUUCCAGACCGGGUGUCCAGAUGAUCUGCUCCUCCUUCAGCGCAGGUGGGAUGUUCCUGGCCACAGGCAGCACAGAUCACAUCAUUAGAGUUUACUACUUUGGAUCAGGAGAACCAGAGAAGAUCUCUGAACUCGAGUCUCAUACAGACAAAGUUGACAGCAUCCAAUUUUCACAUUGCAGUGACAGGUUUGUAAGCGGCAGCAGAGACGGUACAGCACGAAUCUGGCAGCUGCAGCCUCAGGGUUGGAGGAGCAUUCUGCUGGACAUGCAGACCAAAUUACCCGGGAAGUACAACCCUCCUCCUCUGGAAGACAAGGUGACCAAGCUGAAGGUUACCAUGGUAGCAUGGGAUCGCCAUGACGGUACAGUGAUCACAGCGGCCAACAAUCUGACGCUGAAGGUGUGGAACUCAAACACAGGAAACCUCGUCCACGUCCUGAUGGGUCAUGAGGACGAGGUGUUUGUUCUGGAGCCACAUCCUUUUGAUCCAAGGAUCCUCUUCUCGGCGGGGCAUGAUGGGAACUGUAUUGUGUGGGACCUGGCUAGAGGAGUCAAGAUCCGCUCUUAUUUCAACAUGAUCGAGGGCCAGGGCCACGGAGCAUUGUUUGACUGCAAAUGUAGCCCAGAUGGACAGCACUUUGCAGCCACAGACUCCCAUGGACACCUGCUCAUCUUUGGUUUUGGCUCCAGCAGCAAGUACGACAAGAUCGCGGACCAGAUGUUCUUCCAUACCGACUACCGGCCGCUGAUCCGAGACGCCAACAACUACGUGCUGGACGAGCAGACUCAGCAGGCGCCUCACCUCAUGCCCCCUCCCUUCCUGGUGGAUGUGGACGGGAACCCCCACCCGCCUCGAUACCAGCGCCUGGUGCCCGGCAGGGAGGGCUGCAGGGACGAGCAGCUGAUCCCACAGAUGGGAGUCACCUCCUCAGGCUUGAACCAAGUGGUGAGUGAGCAGGCGGUGGACGGUUCCAGUCCUCUGGAUACCAUGAUUCAGAGGCUGCAACAGGAGCAGGACCAGAGACGGGGAAACAGUGAGAUCCCUGCUUCUGCUAUUGCAAACACCAGAGCAAGCAGAGGAUCCGUGGGUUCCCCCACAGAGGUUCACUCCCCGCCCAACGUAGGUCUGCGUCGCAGCGGGCAGAUUGAGGGGGUCCGCCAGAUGCACAGCAACGCCCCGCGCAGCCAGAUGGCCACAGAGGGAGACCUGGUGGCCUGGAGCCGUAGGGUGCUGGUCCCUGAGCUGGAGGACGCCUCUGUCGGGAGACAGGUAAACUGGCGUGAGGCUAAAGGGGAGGAGGAGAUCAAUAUAUAUCAGUCAGAAAGGAGGAGACGAACAAUCCACUCACUACCCAAGGAGAGCAGGGUUCAUCCCACGUCAGAGGGUGUAGUUGACGAAGGAAGGAGGAGCCAAGGUAACCACGGCUACCAAACUCGUGCUGCCAUGGAGGAGACGAGCCGCCAGAGCGCUGAGGGUGCUGAUGACGACGAAAGCAUCUCAGAGGGAGAGGUGGAGGUACGUCAAAUUAACGGACAUUCCUCCGAGGAGGAGAAGGAGGAAGAAGGAAAAGAGCCCUGGCCCGAUGACCACAGCAGCUCAAGCGACUACUCCAGCGAUUAUUCCGACUGGACGGCGGAUGCAGGGAUCAACCUGGAACCACCGAAGAAGAGCGUGAAGGUGAAAAAGAAAAGCAGUAGCUCAGAGGAGGACGUAGAGAAGAAGAGGGACGGGAAAAAGGACAAAAAGAAAGACAAACCAGACAAAGACGGCGCUUUACCAAAGAAGACGAAGCCAAAGGAGAAAAGAAAGAGGACAGAGUUUGAGGAGCAGGGGCUGACUCUGGAGGAGUGGCUUCCCGCAGCCUGGAUCACAGACACAGUCCCCCGGAGGUGUCCUUACAUACCCCAGAUGGGAGACGAGGUAUACUACUUCAGACAAGGACAUGAAGCCUAUGUCGAGAUGGCCAAACAAAAAAAGAUUCUCGGCAUCAAUCCUAAGAAGCAGCCCUGGCACAAGAUGGAGCUACGGGAGCAGGAGUUGAUGAAGAUAGUUGGCAUCAAGUACGAGGUCGGCUUGCCCACACUGUGCUGCCUGAAGCUUUCCUUCUUGGACCCCGACACUGGAAAACUAACUGGAGGAUCCUUCUCUAUGAAAUACCACGACAUGCCUGAUGUCAUCGACUUCCUCAUACUGCGGCAGCAGUUUGACAACGCCAGAAAGAGGCAGUGGAGUAUAGGUGACAGGUUUCGGUCAGUGAUUGAUGAUGCCUGGUGGUUUGGGACCAUUGAGAGCCAGGAGCCCUUCCAAUCUCAGUAUCCUGACAGCCUGUUCCAGUGCUACAAUGUCUGCUGGGAUAACGGAGACACAGAGAAGAUGAGUCCAUGGGAUAUGGAGCCCAUUCCAGAUGAUGCCACGUUCCCUGAUGAGUUGGGCACUAGUGUCCCUCUGGUGGAAGAAGAACAGAAGGAGCUGCUUUAUGUCCCACUGGACGGCGAAUGGGGCAGCCACACACGCGCAGAUGAGUGCGAACGCAUCAUCAAAGCCAUCGACCAGCUCUGCACACUCGAUGUUGCGGCGCCGUUUGCCUUCCCCGUAGACCUUCAGGCUUACCCCACAUACUGCACAGUGGUGGCCUACGUCACUGAUCUCAGCACCAUACGCCAAAGGCUGGUGAACCGCUUCUACAGACGGCUGUCAUCUCUGAUGUGGGAGGCUCGUUACAUCGAACACAACGCCCAGACGUUCAAUGAGCCCGGAGCAUUCAUCGUCACCACUGCCAAGUUUGUCUCUGACCUAAUGCUGCAAUUCAUUAAGGACCAAAGUCUGACAGACAUCAUGCCGCUUUACAAAACCAUGAAGAAAGCCACCUUCUCCGACUCUGAAGAUGAGGAUGAUGAGGAGGAGGAUGAAGAUACUAAUACUCCUGGAACAUCUACGAGAAACCACAAGGGUCGUCGACCUAUGCAGCGCAAACUGCGAACCCGACCGCCUUCAUACGACCCUCAUGCGUGGAGGGGACGCUGUAAGGAGCUGCUGGAUCUCAUCUUUCAGUGUGAAGACUCAGAGCCCUUCAGAGAACCUGUGGACCUACAAGAAUACCCGGACUACCUGCAAAUAGUCGACUCUCCCAUGGACUUUGGCACCGUUCUCAACAUGCUGACGGAAGGAAAGUACCAGUCUCCCAUCGAGCUCUGCAAAGACGUGCGGCUCAUUUUCAGCAACUCCAAAGCUUACACCCCUAGCAAGAAGUCUCGGAUCUACAGUAUGAGUCUGAGGCUCUCUGCGCUGUUCGAGGAGCACGUCAGCUCCAUCCUGUCUGACUACAAAGCCAUCCACGGCCUGACGGAUAAAUUGACUCGACAGGGCACUGACAGACAGACACGACACACUACAGACAGACAGACACGGCACGCCAUGAAGAGGAGGAGGAGGAGGAGCGAAUCUCCAGCCAGCAGCACUGCAUCCAGUCCAGAGAGGAAGAGACGUGUGUCAUCCAGGGUCACCGGGAGGAGGGAGCCAUCACCACCUCCUCCUCGACCCCCCUCUCUAAGACAGAGCAUCCCCCUCAAACAGCCCCCCCAGCUGGUCAACGGGAAGGCAGACACGCCGGCUGCAGCGCGUACACGAAGCUCAGCUCGCUUUUCUACACACACUCCAUCCUCAUCCUCCUCAUCUAACACUGCAAGCAACACUGCGAGCACUUCAGAAUCUACUCGCUCUCUGAGGGCUCAUCACUCUGUGUCAGCUUCAACACCUCCCGCUCCUGAAAAGGUGACUCCCUCUCCAGCCACAGAAAGUAGCAGUGGAGGAAACACCCGGAGGAAACUCAGGCCUCCUGUACGACACACACCAGGCUCUACUGUCAGCCCUGCCUCUCAGAGCACAGUCCACCUGAAUGGCCACAGCAGUCAUGUGACCCUCGGUGUUGGGAGGAGGAGUAGGAAGUCCAGACCGGACCCUCCACCGAGUCCUCCUGAAGUCGUGACACCAGAGAGCCCCUCCAGACCCCGAGGCCGGCCGCCAGGGAAGAAGAAAGGAAAAAAGAAUAAACAGGAGCUGGAGGAGAUGAGAGGGAGCAGCACCCGCAGGAGUUCCACCCCUGACGAUGAACUCGACCACUCAACAGGGGACGAGGGCGGGACAUCUUCGGCACAGGAAACAUCUGUGUUGUCGGACUCUGGCAUGUCGUCACCCAGACGGCGAGGCCGGCCCCGAGCGGUAAGAACUGAUGAUGCCAGUCCUCCCACUGAGUCCCCCGAGCCCUCGCCUCUGAGGAGGAGCAGCAGGAGAACCAACGAGGAGGUCACACCUCCUCCACAGACUGCUCCUCAACGAUCCAGUCGGAAGGAGCCAGAGGAAGAUGCGGGAGGGUCGAUGCAAACUCGAAACCAGGGGCGGCGGUCUGCCUGGUACAUGGAGGAGGAUUCUGAGGAGGAGCAGAGGCAGCUGUUGUUUGAGGACUCAUCAAUCACCUUUGGCACCUCGUCAAAGGGGCGUGUCCGCAAGCUGACAGAGAAGGCCAAAGCCAAUCUGAUUGGAUGGUAGAGGAGACAUGCAGGAUUUGAGGAGGAGGCUGCCAGUACAGAGAUAAAUCUGGUUGAGAUUUCUGGGCUUGCCAGAGGAGGAUUGUGGAGUCCAGGAAGUCAUGCUUGAUGUCUGGUUGAUUUAUGUACAUGUUUGUCGUCUGAGGAGCUGCUAGCUGCUAUUCAAAGCUGUUUUAUGGACUGUCCACACGUCCUCCCUCUUGGCCCGGUUAGCAUAUCUCUAGGCUAACAGACCAAGUUCAUUCAUUUUGACUCCUCCUACAUUAUGGUCCAUGUUGGAUCCACAGGAGCUCAGUGACUCCUACACUGGUGGUCUUGCGCUUCUCCCGUCCAGUGAACCACUCCCUUACCUGUUGGUCUCGGACUGGGCAACACAGUACUUGAAAGAAUCACAAGGAGAGCUGGAUGUAUCUUAUGCCACUGUUAUUUUGGAGGACUUCAGAGCCCCUUCUGGUCGGUUCAAAGACGCCCACUGAGCUAAAGGUUAAGUCUGUGUCGGAUCACAGGACACUGGCGUGAACAAAAGUUUUUCAACCCCUUCUCCACCGAUCCCCCUCUUUUUUUAUAUAGCCCCCUCCUCUCUUUUAUAAGAUUUUUACGUGAUGACGCGCUCUCUGUUUUGGAAGUCUUACACAUUUGCUGGCCUGAGCGUGUCUGUCUGCGCUAAAAUACCAAAUGGUGUACCCUCUGUUGGUACUGUAGAUCUGUAGGUUUUGUUUACUGUCGGUGUGUGUGGGUGUUAUUGUUUUGUUUCUUUGCAUGUUUAUUAGAAGGAAAAGCAUCUCUUUGUUUAUAGAAGCUGUUUUUACUGUGAGGAGGAGAUAAAAAAAAAAAGGAUGCAUGGGUGAGAGAGGUCAUUUAAAUGUUUCGAUAGAUCAUGUUUCAAUGCGUCCUCGAACAUUAGCAAUACCUUGUGCCUUUAUGUCUUUGGUGUGUGUGUGUGUGUGUGUGUGGGUGAGUGUGUGUGUGUGUGGGUGGGUGUGGGUGCAUGUGUGUGUGUUUGAGUGCGUGCAUGUGUGUAUAGGUGUGCUUGGCCUGUGCCCUGCGAAGUAAAGUAUGUGCCUGUAUGUGUGCAAAACCAAGUUGUGACUCUGAGUGUGUGUUUGAAGGAGAGUGUGUGUUUUUAUAACACAAAUGAGUGUGUCAUUCACUUUCGGCGUGCAAACAGUGGCAUACAGUCUGAUCGUUGUGAAAACUCUCAAAGAAUUGUAUUUAUAGCAGUUGAAAAAAAAAGAAGACUUAUUUGUUGUUGUAAAACCAUUAUUCACAUCAAUAUAUUAUCCUAUAACCAACCUAUUGUCAGUUUAUACCUAAGGUACAGCCAGAGGAGCUUUGGGUGACUAGCUUUGAGAUGCACUUACCACAGACCGGUUAUCAAUGCAGUCGUAGGAAAUAACCUGGUGUGUUUUAAAAUUGAUAACAUAUAAAAGUUACUUUCUAAAUGUUGAUAUGUUUCUAUGGUCAUGACAACACACACAAACACACACACAAAUCUGUUUCGCAUGUUCUAGCACUUUCUCAUGCCUGGAGCGAACAGGAUCGAACCAGAUCAAACUGGAUCGGAAUGAAUUUGGACAGAAAGCAGAGAGAAAGAAAAGUCUCAUAUUCAUCUUUCUGAUUGUGUGCCUUUGCUACUCUGGCAUAUUGAAUCCUCUGUUGUCUGCUUUUGGGGCCUUUCUUCAGUUUUCUUUUAGUCUUUGUUUGACUUCCUGGUUCCACUGGUUGCUGGGUUCAGAGGACUGGACUUUGGAACUGUACUUGACAAGACGGGAUUGUACGGAGGGCUACUGAAAGAUAAAAAUCUGUCUAGAGACAGAAAUACCACGUCAUCCUCUCUCUCUCUGUUUGUCCUCUCACGCAUCUAAUGGGCUGAGUUUUGAAAGAUGGCCGCCCCCACUUGUUUUAAGAUCUAUCUGUUUUCACCCAGCACAGAGCAACUGAAUGCCAAAAUCAGCCACGUGUGUUGUGGGUUUCACUGGACAGAACUGGACAGUAGCAUCACCUGGGUUCUUUCAAAGCUCUUUAUAUCACAUAUUGUUGAAUAUUUAUCUAUCUCAAAUGUUUACCUUUGGUUUUCCUUUUUUGUCAUGGAUAUGUCAAUGCCAAAUUUUCGUGUUGGGCACUGAGGUUUUAGACCAUGCGAUUGAAUGUGUUUAUUUUCAGAAGCAGUUUUUAAACACACUGAGGGUGUUGAGCUCGCUUUCAUUUUAUGUGUGAACUUCUUUUUCCGUCUGUUUCUGCCAUACAGGACAACUAUUUUAGUCACACCAUUAGUGGAGUUAGAAUACAAUUAACAGCUUUUUUUCAAAGUCAGUCGGGCUUAUAUUUACUUCAUGGAAAGGUUUGUUUAUAUUGUGUAUAUGAAGAGAUUUAUUCCAAAUUAAGAAAGCCUAAA